UUGCCAGGCGAAGGGCGGCACGGCAAAGCGGAUCUGCGAGUUUUCGUCGCGUGAAUUUUUUUCCUUUAUCUACCUUCAAAACGCAUCAAAGCAAAUAAAGUGUUUUGUUGUGGAGCUAAAUUUUCCUAACUAACCGCUCACACAAUCGUCGCGUUUGCUGUGAGCGCGCAAGCAAUGAAGUCGGAUAAUUUUCGCCUCAUAACGGAGGUCGCGAAGCGGCGGUGUCUGUGGGACACCAACAUGUCCAUGGCCUACCGCAACCAGGAAGCAGCCCUUCAGUGGGCGACUGUCGCAGAGAUUUUGCAGAUAGAUGUCGCGCUCUGCAAGAAGCGAUUCAAGUGCUUGAGGGACAGCUACCGGGCGGAGGUGCGCAAGAUUCAGAAGCAACGCAUUGCGAUGUCACACUGGACAUACUUCCGCUCAUUGGAGUUUAUGCGCCACUUAUUCGAUCCGGAGCGACUAGUGCCCUUUCCGCCAGAGACCUCCGACUUGGACCUGGACCCAGAGCCUUCUGAGGACUGCGAGUCCACACGGCUGGUCGAUUUCACCAUAGAUGUGGACGUUGACAACGAUGACUCCGUUGAUUUUGAAAUAAUCGGGGACAUUUUUAAACGGGAACCUUCGUUGACCCAGGAUUCGGGUUCGGAUGGUGGUUCGCUGAUUAAACCCUUAAACUCCCCCUACCCAGCGAUCCAUCGCUCUGAUAAGGAUCUCUCGCCCAAAUGGCAGUCACCCAAGCACUUGCCGUACGACAAGCCCCUGCCACGUCCCAAUCCUCCUUCGAAAAGGGCUCGCCAUAGGAAGACCUCGUCCCCGAUCGAUGGACCGAUUUUAAAUGGUUUCAAUGGCAAGCCCACUCCGCCAAGUCUUUCCAAUGAUGCUGAUUUAAAGAACGAUUCGGACUACAGCUUCAUGGUGAGCAUGGUGCCCCACGUCAAGUCGCUCUCGCCUAUCGGCAAUCUCAAGUUUCGCAUGGAGAUGGCCCGCGUCCUCGUGGAACUCAGGAAGGAGGAUCAGCAGAUGGCCGAAGGAGCGGGAACGGUGACGGGAGCUGUGGUGGGAUCAGGAGCAGUGCGUGCGGGCGGGUUGCCCAAACUAACGCCCGCUCCGGACUCGAGUUUUGCAUCUCAACUGGGGAAUCCUCAGUACCUCACCUCCAAUUCCAGCUACCCAAAUCGUAGACCAUCGUCACCAUCUCCCUACGAAUAUGUCGACAGCUCCAUGAUCGAAUGUGAUGUAAAAAUUGAGAACGAAGCCUUGCUCUGAGAAUAGGGAUUUCAGCUGUCUACCAAUUAGCUAUCAUCCAAAUUAUGUUUCGAUUUUACAUCCAGAAGCAAUUUGCUAAGGACUUAUCCAAAAAGUUUUAAUAUUGUUUAUCAAUACAAAUAGCAUAAGAAGGUCUUGUCAAAUAUAUGACACGGUUAUCAAUUUUCCAUUUCUGCUGGUAAUUUCAUAGAAUAAUUAUCAGAUAUAAGACAUUUUUCAAUUCGUAUUUUUUUGCCAUUUACUGAUAAGUGUGCAAAUAAUUUGCAGCGAUACAUUUAGUGGUUAAUGUAAAUUCUUGAUAAUACGUAAUAUAAUAUGAUGUUUUCCAUCAAAAGGUUAAUUUUAACAUUUGGAAAAAUAAAGGCUUAACCUCAUUCUCA